ACAUUAUUUUAAUUCCGUCUGUGGGCGGCACAUGAAGUGUGUGUAGUUGAAUCGUGUUUCGCUGUGAAAACAGUUAAGAAUAAUAAUUAAAAUGCAUCGUGCGCAUGAUUUAGAGCUAUUCCCGGAAUACACAGUAACUCAGCUGCUAUUUAAAGAUCUAAAGAAUGCGGCAGAGUUGAGAAAAAUGGCAGUGAAUAGCGAAAUUAAAGGCGCUUUGAUUAACCCAACAAUGGUUGUGGAUGCAUUCCAGAUUCUGGUUGCCGCAAAUAAAGCGGUUCACCUGCAUAAAAAUGGAAAAAUGAAGACCAGGAGUAUGUACUCUGAAAUAAUUUUUAAUCUAUCACCAACAAACAAUAUAUCUGAAGCUUUCAAAAGGUUUGGGAUCUCAGACAGUGACAACGCUGUUUAUAUUGUGUUAGUACACAAUAAAGAAGAAACACUCAAUGUUGAUGACAUCAUCUCAAAGGUGGAUGGACAACAGAUUGAUGUUGAUCAAGUGUCUGAAUUCACUGAUGCUGCUAAAGUUAAAAAGCUAUACAAAGUUGCACCAUUGGAGGAAAGGUGUGGGAGUCUGUUGGAUGCUGUUGUGUGCAGGAUGGCCACAAAAGAUGUUGCAUAGUUGUUGGUCUUUAAACAAAUGUAUAUUCAUUGGACUCAUAGUGAGUCUCCUGUGUUUAUAUGUUAUUGGCUAAUGUAAAUGUAUCUUUAAACCACAUAUCGCAAAAGACUGGUUUAAGGGUGUUUUGGAAAAUUACAAAUGUUUAAAGACUUCUGACUAAAGUAUGAAUAAAAUCUUUUUUUUCAUUGGC